GGGUGGAGGACCGACUCUUCUGCCUCUCCUAGCGGACAGCUGGACUCCUUUCCUCCGGGAGAAUGAACGUGACGGCCGCGGCGGCGGAGGGCUGCUUCCUGUCCGCCCUGCAGCCCAACUCCCCCUGCACCACGUACGCGGUCCCGGCGGACGGGCCGUGUCUGGACCCGCUGGCCAAGGCUCGGAGGGUCCGGGAGCAGGUCCGGACCCGGCUGGCCGAGAGGAAGUCCUCCUCCCUGACCCGGCUGGACGACUCCCGGCUGGGGGCCACAGAUUACAGCCUUCCUGAAGUGAAGAGCCACUCUCAUGGUUUCAGUUCCAGGUCCAUGAUACACACACCCAGUCGCAUUAUGUCUGUGCCCACAGCUCCCCUCCACUCCUCUGGGUUCUCCUCUCGCUCCGCGGCUGAAAGCAGUUCCAGGGUGACGCACAAAGAAAGCAGCAUGGUCCAGAGCAGCGUGCAGACGUCUCAGCACCACAGCAGGAGCCGGCGCUCCAAGUCCCUGUGCCAGGGGGAGCAGGAGGUCCUCAUCCCCAUCACCGUGUCGGCCCCCCCAGAGAACGGCUCCGUCCCGUUCGCCGCGCCCGGGCCCGGAAGCCUCCGCCGCAGCCUCAGCGGGAUCCUGGCCCAGGACAGAGGUUACUGGCAGGAGGAGGCGGUCCCCUCGCAGUACACCUACAAAGGCCCCUCGCAUCGCACCAUCAGCCGCAUCACCAACAGGCAGCAGCACUGCCAGCAGCAGAGCUCCGCCUUCGGCCAGGAGGGCUGGGUGGGGAACGGCCGGGGCCUGUCCGCCGCGGGGGACAGCUGGGGGGCGCAGUGGCAGCACACGUCCCGGACCAGCCACGCCGCGGGGAGCUCGCAGUACACCCCUCUGCAGCGCGCCGCCUCGCUGCGCAGCCUGAGGAGCGUCGGGAAGGGAGUGGACGUCCUGGAAGGAGCCUCAAUACACAGCAACGACCCCCUGAGGGAGUUACAGAGUCUGGACAUGCCGACAGCUGUUACGUAUCUGUCUGAGGCCGACACAGCUCUGCAAGUGGUGGGAGCCGCGUACAUACAACACCAGUGUUACCAUAGCAACGAUGCUAAGAACGAGGUUCGUGUUCUGCAGGGGGUUCCAGCUCUGGUGCGUCUUUUCUCCAGCGAGAACUCGGAAGUGCAGCGUUACGCUACCGCCGCCACGCGGAACCUCAUCUAUGAAAACGCCGAAAACAAGGUGGCCCUCAUCAGCUCUGGCGGAUUGACGCCUCUGGUUAACAGCCUGAACCAACCUGAUGAGGAGCUGCAGAAGUCUGUAACAGGUAUCCUGUGGAAUCUAUCCUCCAGAGACAACCUGAAGGAGAAGCUGUGCGUUGAGGCUUUACCACUGCUGACGAAGAAGGUUCUGAUUCCUCUGAGCAGGAACUUUCCUCUCAACCCAUCCGAGAGAGACAUCUUUUACAACACAACCGGCUGCCUCAGAAACUUGAGCUCGGUGAACCAGAGAACGAGGCAGAAGAUGAGAGACAUGCCAGGACUGCUGGACUCGCUGGUGUCCUACAUUCAGCAGGAAGAGAGAACAGAUGAUAAGGGAGUUGAGAAUUCUCUGUGCAUAAUGAGGAAUCUGUCGUACCAGCUGUACACGGAGCUUCCCCCCUCCGCCCGGCUCCACCUGGACGGCCCCGUCAGGUCCUCCGCUCCCCGGGAGGUCGACACCAUCGGCUGCUUCUCGCUGUACAGCAAAAGAAAACCCGAGCAGUCCAGCCUGAGCGUCCCCACGCUGGCCCAGCCCAAAGGCGCCGACUGGCUCUGGCACCCCAAAGUGUUGGCGCUGUACAAGCUGGUCCUGCAGAACGCAGAGAGCAGCUCCACCGGCCGGGCGGCGGCCGCGGGAGCCCUGCAGAACGUCACGGUGGGAGAAGGCCGGUGGUCGGCGCUGCUGAGCGGCGUGGCGCUGGAGCAGGAGAGGAUGCUGCCCGUCCUCCUGGACCUGCUGGACACCGACAACGACCUGGAGCUGAGGCCUCUGACCGGCCUGCUGCGGAACCUGGCCCGGCACUGCAGAGACAAGGAGCGCAUGGCUAAGACCUCGGUGAGCGUCCUGGUGUCCAAGCUGCCCGGCGACGGCCACCAGAACACCCUAUCCAGCGAGGUGGUCGUCAACAUCUGCGGGACCCUCAAUCACCUGGUCUCCGGAAGCUCCCUGGCAGCCCGCGACGUGGCCUUCUUCAACGGCCUCCCGAAGCUGGUGGGGAUCAAGACGUCCCACGACCACAGCUCCGGGAGCCUGAAGGCUGCCAAGGCGGCGUCCACCGUCCUCUGCAACAUGUUCCAGUACAGCAAGCUGCACCGAGACUACCGCCUGAAAGGGUUCACCAAGCAGGACUUCAGUGACGCCUCCAUCUGAGUUCUUCAAACCCAGACGUGCUGCUGCGAGACGGCUCUGAACCCACACCGAGUUAUCGCCCUAGCCUGACGUUUACCAGCCUGUUCUAGAGAAAUAGACCCAGACGACGCAGAGCUCUUAACCCUGUACAGCGUUUUCUAGUUUUAUAGGAGAGUGAAUGUGAGAUUUGUGACCAGCAACACACUGAAUGUACGUCCAAAGUGCCUUCGAACCAGCGAUUGUACGGACUGACAGGAGAACGGUGAUUUCACAGUAAAAGACAAAAAAAACAUGCCCGGAAGAAGCUGAGUCAGGAAGAAGCUUUUAGUUUUGAUCUGCCUCGAUUAUACAGAUGAAAACUAUUCAACGUUCAGAGAGUGAUCGGAGUGAGCGAGGGCAGAAGUGAUCCACAUGUGGGGUUGGUCUGGAUCAGGAUUAAAACUGGAGUGACUGAUAGCGUCCUUUAAGAUGUGAAUGUGAAUCUUUGAUACUAAACUAACUUGGAGAAAACCAGCAAGCCUGAAGCUGUUUGUAGCCGUUAAAGUGAUCACACGCCGUACUGCUCAUCCACCAUGUCUGUUCGUUUAAUGUUUAGUGUGUCGGAGUCGUGUGAAGAAGAAGUUCUGCUUCGGUUUGACAGAAUGUCUGAGCAGUUUGAAGGGAAACAGCCUCACAGGACCGGCGGCUGGCAGAAUUAUCGACACCUCCAAACUUCACGUCGUUUCUUCGUUUCUGGUCCUCUCAGUUUGUUUGUGCCAAUAAUUCUGCGGUCUGCGGCGUCUGUGAUCACAUUUCAGAGCACCGAGUGCUUCGUCAGAAGGUUUUAAUGUGUUUUAUUCUCAUUUCCGUCACUGAGUCGUGUUGCCUGCCUUCUGUUUUGUAACGGAGUCCCAAACCAGCCGACUGGCUGGAUUAACACUUUGCUCCAGUUGUAAAAUGUGUGAAUGUUCCUUUAAACUGAGUGUGUAUGACUGUGAUAAUCACAAUAAGCAGUGUUCAAAUAGUAUUAAUCCCAAUAAAUAA